AUCUGGACCCGUGUCAGACCAACCCCUGUCAGAACCGGGGCAUCUGCACUCUGGACCGAGGAGACUUCCUGUGUCUCUGUUCCCCGCAGUACCGCGGCAAGACCUGCAGCUCAGAGGUGUCGGAGUGUCGCUACAGAAACGGCGGCUGCGUGCAGUACUGCUCCGACCUGCCGGGGGGGGGCGGCGUUCAGUGUGGCUGCGCCGACGGCUACAAACUGGACGCUGACGGGUACAGCUGCUCCCAGACCGCGGCGUUCCCCUGCGGCCGUCAGCAGUCACAUCGGUCAUCGCCCCGGAGUCGCUCGGACCGAGUCCCCGUCUCCAUGGAGACAGACUUGGACCUAGUCAACGUCACCAUGGAGACAGACUCGGACCUAGUCAACGUCACCAUGGAGACGGACGCUACGGAGACGGAGGACGAUCUGCCGACCGUGAAUCACACGUCUGGACGGAACGGGACGGGGGGGGGGACACCUCGCAUCGUGGGGGGGUCCUGGACAAACUGGGGGGGAGUCCCUGGCAGGUUCUGCUCCGCAGGUCUGAUGGUUAUGGUUUCUGUGGAGGAACUCUGGUCUCCGAUCGUUGGGUCGUCUCUGCUGCUCACUGCCUCGGGAGACUGUAAAUCAUGUGACCAUAGGCAGCGUCCUGAUCCAGGUGAGCAGCUGAUCCGAGUCCAGCAGGUGUUUCUCCAUCCUCACUUCCAUCCCUUCACCUUCGACAGCGACAUCGCUCUGCUGUUAUUGGCCCAGCCCGUUACCCGGGGCAACACCGCCGCCCCCGCCUGCCUGCCCGACCCCCACCUCUCCACCUACCUGCUGCAGGCGGGGACCCGUGGCGUGGUGACGGGUUGGGGGCUCACCCACCACCUGGGCCGGUCCUCCCGCUUCCUCAGGAAGGUGACGCUUCCUGUCGUCAGCUACCCAGAAUGCAUCGCUUCUACUGAACAGGUGAUAACAGACAACAUGUUCUGUGCCGGGUACCUGUCUGUCUCUCAGGACGCCUGCAGCGGAGACAGCGGUGGUCCGUUCCUGGUCAACUACCAGGGGACCUGGUUCCUGACCGGCGUGGUCAGCUGGGGGGAGAAGUGUGCCGCCGUCGGCAAAUUCGGGGUUUAUACCCGUCUGGGCAACUUCCUGUCCUGGAUCAGGGACACCAUGGGACUCCGAGACACCGUGGACACACCGGGGUUCAGGGACACCGUGGACACACCGGGGUUCAGGGACACCGUGGACCCACCGAGGGUCAAGGACGCCGUGGACACACCAGGACUCAGAGACACCGUGGACACACCGGGGUUCAGGGACACCGUGGACCCACCGGGACUCAGGGACACCGUGGACACACCGGGGCUCAGGGACACCGUGGACACACCGAGGGUCAGGGACGCCGUGGACCCACCGGGACUCAGAGACACCGGGGACACACCAGGACUCAGGGACACAGUGGACACACCAGGACUCAGAGACACUCUGGACACACCAGGACUCAGGGACACUUUGGACAAACCAGGGUUCAGGGACACCGUGGACACACCAGGACUCAGGGACACCGUGGAUACACCAGGGUUCAGGGACAACGUGGACACACCAGGACUCAGGGACACUGUGGACAAACCAGGGUUCAGGGACAUAGUGGAAACACCAGGACUCAGAGACACCGUGGACACACCAGGACUCAGGGACACAGUGGAAACACCAGGACUCAGAGACACCGUGGACACACCAGGACUCAGGGACACUUUGGACCUCUAUGUCUGACAAUUUAAAACUGAAAAGAACUGUGAAAAAGAGGCAAAAACAUUUAAAAAAGCAGCAAAAAUGUUGUAAAACCACAUCCAGCUGGACCAGAACACCACGUACACCUGGACCAGAACACCACGUACACCUGGACCAGAACACCACGUACACCUGGACCAGGACCACGUCCACCUAGACCAGGACCACGUCCACCUGGACCAGGACCACGUCCACCUGGACCAGGACCACGUCCACCUGGACCAGAACCCCACGUACACCUGGACCAGAACACCACGUACACCUGGACCAGGACCACGUCCACCUAGACCAGGACCACGUCCACCUGGACCAGGACCACGUCCACCUAGACCAGGACCACGUCCACC